AUGACCGAUCUAUACGGCAUUCUCAACCAAUUGCGCCUGGUCGUCUCACGUUUUGAUGACGAGUCAAUCUCUUCCACCAUUCAAUUCCAGCACAUUGAUACUUGCCGAACACUACUUGACAGGAUUAAGGAAAGAUUAGAUAAAGCUGACCGCGACAAUAUCAGUAGUCAAAAGUCGGCCAUUGGCCGGAAAUUUUCGAAUUUAGGGCGAGCUCUUAUCUGGCCUUUCAGCGUCAUUGAAAACAGAGCACUCAUCGAUGAUGUGACGACACAGAAGUCUACUUUGAUGUUUGCGCUUCAAGUGAAUGGAAUGAAUGCGCUGUUUGAUGCACUCAGUGACCAGAAGAUACAAGGACUAAAUAUAGAAGCGAUACGGGCGAAUGUGCUUGGCCUUAGGAAUGAGAAAGCGGUAUCUAUGUUGAACCAAAAGCAGAAAAAGAUUAUUGAAUGGAUAGCUCCAUAUGAUCCCAGUCAGAGACAUCAAGAAAUUGCGACGAAACUUCGACAACCAGGUACUGGUCAGUGGUUCACCAAGGGAGAUCAGUUUAAGUCCUGGCUUAAUGAAAAGGCAUCGAAGUUGUGGUUGUAUGGCAUUCGUUUAGCAUUCUUCUAUUGCGAUUACAAGGAUAAAAAGACACAGGAUCCUCUAAAUAUCUUGGGUUCUCUGGUCAAGCAACUUGUGUUAGCCGACCGUCGCGGAUUUGCGGAGCUAGAAGCAUGUUGGGUCAAUUAUUGUCCAGAUGAGGAUAUUGGAAUUUCGAACCCAAUAUCAACAGAGCAUCUCUGUGAAUUACUUCGGCAUAUAUCACGUUACUUCUAUAACGUUCAUCUUGUUGUUGAUGCUCUAGAUGAAUGCAGAGAUGGUCGUUUGGAUAUUGUACGUCUUCUGACUGAGCUCAACGCUACCAAGGACAGCAAUAUCAAAAUCAUCUUGGCCUCACGGCUCGAGCCAGACAUCGAGAGUUACUUGGUAUAUUUCAUAAGACUCUCAAUUGCAGCGCACAGAGACGACUUAGAACUCUAUGUACAUUCGAAAAUAGAGCUUCGUCUCCGCGAAACCCAAAAAGUCAUCUGGAACCAAGAGUUGAGAGAAGAAAUCGCACAACGGUUGGUGAAUGAGGCACAGAUCCGCUGGGUAACAUACCAACUAGACCAGCUGUGUGACCUCGAUACCCUCAGGGGUGUUAGGCGAGCCUUGCAUUCCCUCCCGCCGACAUUAUUCGAAACCUAUGAGAGAAUACUAGACUGCAUCAACCUCAGCAGUGAUGAGACCAAAGAGCUUGUCCAUCGAGUCUUGAUUUGGACUGUCUGUGCCGUCGAACCACUCUCGUUAGCCCAAUUACUCGAAGCCGUAUCCAUAGACCUUUCCGAUAAGCAUUUAGACCGAGACGGAAUUCCAAAUGAGCAGAGUAUCUUAAAGAGAUGUAGCAGCCUUGUUAGAAAGAUUGAUGGACCUUGGGGCAUUCGGAUCGAAUUAGCACAUUUCAGCGUCAAAGAAUUUUUGCUACUUCAAGUCCAGAAUGACCAUUAUGCCACGUACCGCGUUUCACAGGAUUAUCAUAACGUUUACAUGGGGAAGAUCUGCCUUACCUAUAUACUGUUCGAAGACUUUCGCGAUAUAAGUCACUACACUACGCAUCCCAAUACAAAAGCCAUCUGCGAAGAUUACGCACUUUAUGACUACGCCGCAAAAUACUUUUCUAAUCAUUUACGUGGUAACACUAACGAUGGAGAAGGUUUGGCAUUGUUGAAACUACUUUUUGAUCCCAUCAAAACAGAUAACUUCGUCUCUUGGGCCCAGAAACUCCUGCGCGGUAGCUCUGGAAUGGUCCUGUUACACGUAGUAGAGCUUUCAGAAUGCAAACAUCAUGCUCAAUCGAGUGAUAAAAAUAAUAUUUUGGAGUAUUUGAUAAAACAUGCCUCAAUAAUCGAUCAGUUUCCUCUAGUCACGGGCGAAUGGGGGGAAUAUCCACGCACAAACCUGAUGGAGCUUGCCAUUCAAGCUCGUUUCGGAUGGGAUAUACUGCUUCAGCAAGGGGCUCAAAUAACGAAUUCCUGUAUCGAAGCUCUUGAGGCGGAGCUCGAGCAUAGCUUUGACUUUGUUACCAGUUUCGUACAAAUUACACGGCCACGAAAUGUUCCAGCACUCAUGAUUCCAAGAUUCAUGCAAUUUGCGCAACAAUUCAAGCGUGUGGAUAAACCUCUCGCAGAUUCAUUCUUCAAUUUUAAUGCCGAAAUUGACUCUACUGGCGAGAUGGCAGUAUUGCACACAGCAAUUGCCUUUGGCCAGACGCACACGGUCAUUCAAAUCUUGAAAAAUAAAAAUAUAGAAACAAAUUCGUAUAACAAAAUAGACGGAUUGAGCUCACUACACCGUGCUUCAAGAGACGGUCAUUUAAAAAUUGUCAAGGUUCUCCUCAGUUGCGGCGCCUUGGUUGAUGUUCGUACUUCAAUGCAUCCCACACACGUCACUAGAACCAAUUUAUUCGGAUUGGAAUGUGUAACUUCUUUUCAUCUAGCCGUGGUGAAUGGUCAUUUGAAUGUUGCCAGAUUCUUAGAAGAGUAUGGAGCAGAUAUCAAUAAACCUGACACGAAAUCGGGAAUCACACCACUCCAUUCAGCCACAGCACAGCGCGUCGAAAUGAUGGAAUACCUAAUUCAGUCUUCGGUAUAUGGUGAUAAUCUUUCGACUACAACACCAACUGGGUGGACAGUACUUAUGGCAGCAGCAAGGCUUGGCUCAAUUGAUGCAUUCGAAUUUGUUCUGUGUAAUUCUGAUCCUUCUAUAGUUCUAUUGCAGGAUGAUACUGGCUUCAAUUGUUUUCACGAGGCUAUAAGAUCGAGCAUUGCCCCCCGCCGUAAAGUUACUGUUCUUAGACGCUCAUGUAUAAAUCCGUCCAUAUCAACCAAAGAAGGGCUCACGCCAUUACAUAUUGCAGCGGAACGUGGGUUCUACACAUUCCGCGAGACUCUUGAAUUUUUCCUGAACUCAUCUUCGUCUGCCUCUCAAGAUCUUUCUGCUCUUCAAAUAAUGACCAAUCAUGUAUACUUACAGAGUCCUGAUUCUCGAUGGGCUUCUCUCGAAAAAUCGGAAGACAUAAUAAACUUUGUCUCGGAGUCUGGAUUAUCUACUCUACAUAUUUUGAUACGCAGGGUAUAUUCUCCUCCCUAUGAUGGGCUCAGAAUGCUUAGAUUGCUAUUAUCAUCUUAUCGGAAGAUCAAUUUAGAAGUCGGAGACAUUGAAGGAAGAUCGGCCUUGUUAGUACUUUGCAAUGAAGGACUUCAGAAGGUACAGGGAUAUAAUCAUUGCAAGCACCUCUUUGCUGGUGCCAUAGAGUUGUUGUUGCGUUAUGGAGCUGUUACCACUCGACAAGAUGUGGAAGGAAAUACAGCACUUCACUAUCUCUCUCUGUUGGCGGCGAGACCGUCGAUGUUCACUGAUACUUCCGAAAUUCUCGAGUCAAACAGUCCCACCUGGAGAAGUGGAGAUGAUAAAUAUGAUCAAAAUGAUGGCAGAAAUAAAAGUGAUUACGUUCCCAAACAUUACGAUGAAGAUUAUGGGAAAUACGACAUUACAAAUGAUGAUAUUGGAGGUUAUGACGAUGAUGGAAGUGACGACGACGAGAGUGAUGAUUAUGACAAUGACCACGAUUUUUUGACGGAGCUAUACCCCACAACUCAACUGAUUUGUCCAAGGAGCAACGAUAUAAGCUUGUUGGAGGUACUCAACGGAUCUAAGAUUACAGCUCUGCACAUAUUUUUCAGGAAUCUCGACGCCAUUUGCCGCCAACCAUUCGCCAUUAAAAUUGCGCUCAUGUUAAUAUCUAAAGCUUCCGAAAACCAGCUCAAUGACACCUUGAUUAAUGGCCGCAGUCUCUUUAACGUUACUCUUCAAUCCAACCAAGGCCAACUCAGCCAGAUGCUCAUUAGCCUCGGGGUAGAUACUGUAUCUUCGGAUCGGGGAGACCCUCUGCGAACAGCUCUCGAGAUUCUCUGUAUUCAUGGAUCGCACCAUAAAAGUAUUGUCAAAAAGAUUAUUAAGGAUCACACGAACAGCACUACGCUCGACGUUGAUGGUUUCACUAUACUUCAUCUUGCCUGUAUCUAUAAACAGGUCAACGUUCUCGAAGAAUUACUUUGUGCUGGUUGGAAGACACAUGUCUUGAGCCGAAAUGAAAACCCGUUGAUUGUAGAAGGUAUUGAAUCUGGAAAUACAGCAAUGGCUAACUUGCUGCUAGAACAUGGAGCAAUUCUGCUGAACAAAUACGAAUAUAAAUCUGAUAUCGCGUUUUCUCUUUCAGUUGCGCCAAAUCAUAUGAUGUGUAAGUUUCUCAACGAGAAGGGCAUCAAUGAUUGGCACUGCAAAGCCAGUGGGCAUUUCUGGGGACAAUCCGUACCUCGAAUAAGCACAGGGCAGAUAAUAUAUGGCGGUAUUCUGGAGAAAAGGGAAUGGCACUUUGAAAUCGACAAUGUGACAUCUUUGCAUGAUGCAUCUAUACAUGGCACCAAAGAGACUAUGAUGUGUGCCCUAGAUUUUGGGAACCAAUUGGAUGUCAAUAUUACUGCGGAUUUUGGCAUCACUCCACUAUUCUUCGCGAUCUUUGGCAAGAGGCUUGAAAUCACUGAAUUGCUUCUAUCAAAAGGUGCCGCAACUAAGGCCAUCUACGGCCCUCGGAAAUUGACACCGCUACAUCUUGCUGUCGCAGGGGGCAAUGAACUAAUUGUUGAAACUCUUCUUCAAUAUGGAUCGGAUGUUCAGGCUCGUGAUAGUGUAGGGCUCACUCCGGCUACGCUUGCUUUGGAUCUUAAGUAUGAAGGUAUAGCGGGAAUUUUGAACAAACAUUUGGCCAAACUUUUAAUAUUUGAGCCCAUUUGUCCAGAUGACAAUAAAUCAGCUACAGAGACUGAUAAAGUGGACGGUGAUAAAUAUGUAUCUGUUGCCAUUGAAGAUGCUAUCAUCCGUCGGGACCUUUUGACUCUGAAAUAUCUACUUCAAAAUGGAAAGCCAGCUCCUCAACAAAAGGUCCACCCUUUACAUAUUGCAGCAUAUAACGGUCAUUCGGCUUGUGUUAGGCUGCUCUUGAAUUAUGAACUCGGAAAUAAAUGUGGAAUUGAUAUGAAUAGCAGCGUUACUAAUCGUCGAUGCUUCGAGGAGGCUCGAAUUGUGAGCAAUGACAAUGAGGUUGUCAAGGACAUCGGCGGAACAGCUUUGCAUUAUGCUUCAUUUCAGGACCACUUGAAUACUAUGGAGGAACUCUUAAAAUCGGGAGCAGAUCCUAAUGCUCAAAACAGGUGGGGAGAAACACCUCUACAUGUUGCCACAGAGGAAGGUCGAUAUCAAGCAUGCCAAGUACUGAUCUCUGCUGGAUCUAACGUUCUAUCUCGGGAUUUUAGAAACUUCUGCCCGAUUCACGUCGCAAUAUGGAGAAAACACAAGCGAAUAGUGGAGUUUAUGAUAAAAGAAUUGGUCAGCUUCGAUAUUUUUCUGGAAGAUGGAGGUGAUCUACUGGCUUAUGCUUGCCGCUUUGGCCAUGCUGAGACAAUAGAAUUACUCUUUGCCGCUGGGAUGAACAUUAAUUUAACCCACAAUAAUGAGUGGCCGACGUUCUUUUCCGUUAUUUUCAACCAGGCUUUGACUGAAGAAUUCCGAAUAAAGUUACUAGCGGAUGUUGAUAAUCCUUACCAAACACUUGGGUCGGGAAGUUUACUUACAGUUCUUUGCAGUGAAUCCCUGCUAUCGGUAGCCAGAAAAUUACUGAUAGGAGUGCCUAAAGAUAAAAUAUACCAAUAUGUCAACUACAUCGGUACAUUUGGAACAGCUCUAUACUGCACAGCAGCAAAGUCUCUAGAGCAAAAUCUAAAAAUGGCGGAGCUGCUCAUAGAUAAUGGAGCUGAGCUUGAAAUCAUUAAACCAUCACACGGCACACCUCUAAUGGGUGCGGGUUACUAUGGUUGUUAUAACAUGGUUGCGAUGCUUCUCAGAAAAGGGGCAAGAACCACAUGCAACAAACAUGAUGGGACACAAAUGACUGCAGGUGAAGAAGCUAGACACCAUCCUGACAUAGUAUCGUUACUCAAGAACUUUGAGGAGAAAGGUAUUGAAGCCUUAAAUGAGCCCAGGCCAACACUAAUUGCCAAUAUGAUGAAGUUUGAGGAGUGUUUGAAUGGGAUUUCGGAAGGAAAGGAACAAGAAAAAGAUCAGGAGAAGGAGGGAAAAGAAACGAAGAAGAGGAGGGAGAAAAAAGCAAGGAAGAAUGUUGCGAGAAAAUUGAUGAAGAUGAAGCGCACCAGAGUGAUGUCUUUGAGAGAGACAAGGAGUAGAUGUUUUCGGGUUGCCAAUAGACUAACGGCUUAUUAUCCUAUGUUUAAGUAA